CUUUGCUCUUUGGCGGAUUUCAAGGACUUGUUCGAGCCAAAAUGGCGCCAGUUUCAUAGGAAUAAAAGUAGAAGUUAGCCGAGUUUAGAAAAAGAGCGGGCCGCGUGAGAAACUGCUACCCUUUUUGCUCCAUGUUGGUUCUUCCCGGUAGUAAGCACUUUUGUAAAGGUACUGACGUUGUCGUUCUUCAUUGAGCCACAAUGGUGCCAGUUUCGUAAAACAGAAAACCCUGGGCAGGUCAGCAGAUUUGAACGGUCCAAUUUGACAACGACUACUCGAGGAGGAGGAGGAGAAGUGUAACCUACUGGCAGACUAGCAAAGAAACGGCAGCGCCUCUCCAGACACAGCGUGGAAACGGUUGAUUAAGAGGGGGAAAAUCACACAGAGAAACGGAAAGCAACCUAUAAUGAGAGGCGGCAUGUUGAAACGUAUGGGAUUAUAUAUAAGGUGAAACUCUGAAAACGUUAAAACCUUCGUAACAAAUUGGAUUUUGUAAAAGUCACUUUCGUACACGUUUUCGAAACUGUCGAACGUUGCAGUGGAGAAGGAGAAAGACGUUUGGAUGUAUCGAAUGUGUGUUGUUUGCUGAGAGUCUGCGCCGGUUGGCCGCCAUGUUGAAGCGACUGACUGACUGGGGCUGAAAUUGACAAGAGAUUAGAGCAGAGAGAGAGUCUGGGGGGGGGCUGCCUUUGCCCGUGACGCAGGAAAAACACCCAAGAGCGAACAAAAAAAAAAAAAAAAAGGCAAGAAAGAGAGAAAAGAUUUUAAUGUUACAAAAAACCAAAGUCAUACCAGAAAGCUUCCUUGCAAAUCUUGUCGGUUUAUGUGACGGGAUUCAACAUUGUGACAGAGACGGAAAAUAAAUCGUUCACACGGAAACCACAAUCUGGAGUAGUGAAAGAAGGAGUCUACCCUAAUUCCUGGUAAUGCAAUGGUCCCUGCAAAACAUCCUGUGUUUGAGGUGGUGCUUUCUUAUUCAGAUUUAUGCUGGAUUUCCAUUAUUGCUGAGAAAGCAAUAAUUUCUUCUCUUAAAACAACAACAUAAGCGGACAAAAUUGCAAAAAUCUGCCCUGUUUCGAGUAUGACAGCCACGACCCGUGGCUCUCCAGUUGGAGGGAAUGAUACUCAGGGCCAAGCUCCAGAUGGACAGUCUCAGCCUCCUCUCCCACAAAACCAGACAUCUUCUCCAAACUCAUCAAAUGAGAAUUCUCCGGUGAGUCCUCCAGAUGAACAGGGGCAAGGUGAUUGUCCUCCUCAACUGGAAGAGGAGGAACCAGCCUUCCCUCACACCGACUUGGCCAAGCUGGAUGAUAUGAUCAACCGACCUCGAUGGGUGGUUCCAGUUUUACCAAAAGGUGAAUUAGAAGUUCUUCUUGAAGCUGCUAUAGAUCUUAGUAAAAAGGGAGUGGAUGUUAAGUGUGAAGCAUGCCAGAGGUUUUUUAGAGAUGGUUUGACGAUUUCAUUUACAAAAAUCCUUACGGACGAGGCUGUGAGUGGCUGGAAAUUUGAAAUUCAUAGGUGUAUAAUAAAUAACACUCAUCGUCUAGUAGAACUAUGUGUGGCAAAGCUUUCCCAGGACUGGUUUCCUCUUCUUGAACUGCUUGCAAUGGCCUUAAAUCCUCACUGUAAGUUCCAUAUCUAUAAUGGUACACGUCCUUCUGAGACAGUGCCUGCAGGAGCACAGUUAGCCGAAGACGAACUUUUUGCCCGUCCACCUGAUCCAAGGUCACCAAAGGGCUGGCUUGUGGAUCUCAUAAAUAAAUUUGGCACAUUAAGCGGAUUUCAAAUACUGCACGAUCGUUUCACAAGUGGCCAAGCACUUAAUGUUCAGAUUAUUGCAGCACUCAUCAAACCUUUUGGGCAAUGUUACGAAUUCUUAACAUUGCACACAGUGAAAAAAUACUUCCUCCCAAUAAUUGAAAUGGUUCCACAGUUUUUAGAAAAUCUUACAGAUGAGGAGUUAAAAAAGGAGGCAAAAAAUGAAGCCAAAAAUGAUGCUUUGUCUAUGAUAAUCAAGUCAUUGAAAAACUUAGCUUCACGGGUACCAGGGCAAGAAGAAACAGUAAAAAAUUUAGAAAUAUUUAGAUUAAAAAUGAUUCUUAGGUUAUUACAAAUUUCAUCUUUUAAUGGUAAAAUGAAUGCACUAAAUGAAGUUAAUAAAGUGAUAUCCAGUGUUUCCUAUUACACUCACCGGCAUGGCAAUCCAGAGGAAGAAGAAUGGCUAACGGCAGAGCGUAUGGCAGAGUGGAUUCAACAGAAUAACAUUUUAUCUAUUGUGCUAAGAGAUAGUCUACAUCAGCCGCAAUAUGUGGAAAAACUUGAAAAGAUCUUACGAUUUGUAAUUAAAGAAAAGGCAUUAACACUUCAGGAUCUAGACAAUAUCUGGGCAGCACAGGCGGGUAAGCAUGAAGCAAUUGUCAAAAAUGUCCAUGACCUCCUUGCAAAACUAGCUUGGGAUUUUUCUCCUGAACAGCUAGAUCAUCUCUUUGAUUGUUUCAAGGCAAGCUGGACAAAUGCUAGCAAAAAACAACGGGAGAAGCUUCUGGAAUUGAUACGUCGACUUGCUGAAGAUGACAAAGAUGGAGUAAUGGCCCAUAAAGUAUUAAAUCUUCUAUGGAAUUUGGCCCAUAGUGAUGAUGUACCUGUUGACAUCAUGGACCAAGCUCUUAGUGCUCACAUCAAAAUUCUGGAUUAUAGUUGUUCACAGGACAGGGACACCCAGAAAAUUCAGUGGAUAGAUCGUUUCAUUGAAGAGCUUCGAACUAAUGACAAAUGGGUCAUUCCAGCACUAAAGCAAAUACGAGAAAUUUGUAGCUUAUUUGGAGAAGCCCCACAGAAUUUAAGCCAGACUCAAAGAAGUCCACAUGUUUUUUACCGACACGACUUAAUAAAUCAGCUGCAGCAUAAUCACGCUCUUGUUACACUAGUGGCAGAAAAUCUUUCUGCAUACAUGGAAAGCAUGAGACAGUUUGCCAAAGAUCAUACAGAUUAUGAUCCACAGACUGUUCGAGUGGGUAGUCGGUAUAGCCAUGUUCAGGAAGUACAGGAAAGAUUAAAUUUCUUAAGGUUUCUUUUGAAAGAUGGACAGCUUUGGCUUUGUGCCCCACAAGCUAAGCAAAUCUGGAAAUGUCUAGCUGAAAAUGCUGUAUUUCUUUGUGAUCGAGAAGCUUGUUUCAAGUGGUAUUCUAAGCUGAUGGGUGAUGAACCUGACUUGGACCCGGAUAUUAACAAAGAUUUUUUUGAAAAUAAUGUUCUACAGCUUGAUCCUUCACUCCUAACAGAAAAUGGAAUGAAGUGUUUUGAGCGUUUUUUCAAAGCUGUUAAUUGUAGGGAAGGAAAACUAGUGGCAAAACGAAGAGCUUAUAUGAUGGAUGACUUGGAAUUGAUAGGACUUGAUUAUCUUUGGAGGGUUGUCAUUCAGGGAAGUGAUGAUAUUGCUGGUAGAGCAAUAGAUUUGCUCAAAGAAAUUUAUACUAACCUUGGACCAAAAUUACAAGUAAAUCAGGUGGAGAUUCAUGAAGAUUUUAUUCAGUCUUGUUUUGAUCGCUUAAAGGCUUCCUAUGAUACACUGUGUGUGUUGGAUGGUGAUAAAGACAGUAUUAAUUGUGCCAGGCAGGAAGCAAUUCGAAUGGUACGAGUUUUGACUGUUCUAAGGGAGUACAUUAAUGAAUGCGACAGUGACUAUCACGAAGAAAGGACAAUUCUUCCUAUGUCCAGAGCUUUUCGAGGCAAGCACAUUACUCUCAUAGUUCGCUUUCCCAACCAAGGUCGUCAGGUGGAUGAUUUGGACAUUUGGUCUCAUACAAAUGACACCAUAGGUUCUGUAAGGAGGUGUAUUCUGAACCGAAUAAAGGCCAAUAGUACACACACAAAAAUAGAACUUUUCAUUGGUGGAGAACUUGUUGAUCCUGCUGAUGACAGAAAAUUAAUUGGACAACUAAACCUUAAGGAUAAAACGCUGAUAACAGCAAAACUUACACAAGUCAGCUCAAAUAUGCCAUCAAGCCCAGAUAGUUCAUCUGAUUCAUCAACUGGGUCUCCUGGAAAUCAUGGAAAUAACUAUAGUGAUGGUCCAAACCCUGAAGUAGAAAGCUGUCUUCCUGGAGUGAUUAUGUCUCUUCACCUGCGAUACAUCUCUUUCCUUUGGCAAGUGGCAGACCUGGGCUGUAGUUUAAAUAUGCCUUUACUGAGAGAUGGAGCCCGUGUUCUAAUGAAGCUAAUGCCUCCCGAUAACACUACUGUGGAAAAACUACGGGCGAACUGUCUGGAUCAUGCUAAACUUGGUGAAAAUAGCCUUAGUCCCACCCUGGAUUCUUUGUUUUUUGGCCCUUCUCCAUCUCAAGUGCUCUAUCUAACAGAGGUAGUUUAUGCCUUACUCAUGCCUGCAAGCGGUACCUUAGGGGAGGAUGCUAGUGACUUCCAGUACAACUUCCUCAAAAGUGGUGGACUGCCUCUUGUUUUGAGUAUGCUCACAAGAAAUAAUUUCCUGCCAAAUGCUGACAUGGAGACAAGGCGUGGUGCCUAUCUUAAUGCCCUAAAAAUAGCUAAAUUGCUGUUAACUGCUGUUGGUUUUGGCCAUGUAAAGGCUGUGGCUGAAGCUUGUCAACCAAUAGUAGAAGGAACAAGUCCUGUGUCACCGAUAAACCAGGCUACCCAUGAUCAAGCUUUAGUCCUACAGAAUGCUCUGCAAAAUAUUCCCAAUCCAUCUUCUGAAUGCAUGUUACGAAAUGUAGCCAUUCGACUUGCCCAACAAAUCUCAGAUGAGGUUGGUGUAGUUUCCUCUCAGUUGGGAGGGGUUCAGAAUUUUUUUCAGGCUUCAAAGUACAUCCCAGAUAUCUGUGUUAUUAGAGCAGUACAAAAGAUUGUUUGGGCUUCUGGUUGUGGCACAGUACAACUAGUUUUCAGCUCAAAUGACGAAAUCAGCAAGAUUUAUGAGAAGACUAAUGCUGGAAAUGAACCUGAUAUGGAAGAUGAGCAGGUUUGCUGUGAAGCACUAGAGGUUAUGACUCUCUGCUUUGCCUUGAUACCAACAGCUUUGGAUGCACUUAGUAAAGAAAAGGCAUGGCAGACCUUCAUAAUCGAUUUGCUGUUACAUUGCCAAAGCAAAACUGUUCGUCAGAUGGCUCAGGAGCAGUUUUUUCUAAUGGCUACUAGAUGUUGCAUGGGACACAGACCUUUACUCUUCUUUAUAACUCUUCUCUUUACAGUUUUAGGGAGUACAGCAAGAGAGAGAGCAAAGCAUGCUGGGGAUUAUUUUACUUUAUUGAGGCACUUGCUAAACUAUGCCUACAACAGUAACAUCAAUUUGCCAAAUGCAGAGGUUCUUUUAAAUAAUGAAAUUGACUGGCUGAAAAGGAUUCGGGAUGAAGUAAAAAGAACAGGAGAAACAGGUGUUGAAGAAACAAUACUAGAAGGCCAUGUAGGUGUAACAAAAGAACUACUUGCUUUUCAAACAACUGAGAAAAAGUACUACAUUGGCUGUGAAAAAGGUGGUGCCAAUCUAAUUAAGGAACUGAUUGAUGACUUCAUAUUUCCAGCUUCAAAUGUCUAUCUUCAGUACAUGAAGAGUGGUGAAUUCCCAGCUGAACAAGCCAUUCCUGUCUGUAGUACUCCAGCAACUAUUAAUGCUGGUUUUGAGCUUUUGGUGGCACUUGCUGUAGGCUGUGUCAGAAAUCUCAAGCAAAUUGUAGACACCUUAACUGACAUGUAUUAUUUAGGUUGUGAAGCACUUACAGAAUGGGAAUACUUGCCACCAGUUGGGCCUCGACCUCCAAAAGGAUUUGUAGGCUUGAAAAAUGCUGGUGCCACAUGUUAUAUGAACUCAGUCAUUCAGCAGCUUUAUAUGAUACCACCAAUCAGAAAUGGAAUUUUAGCUAUUGAAGGCACAGGUAGUGAUGUUGAUGAUGACAUGUCUGGUGAUGAAAAGCAAGAUAAUGAGACAAAUGUUGAUCCUCGGGAUGAAGUAUUUAGCUAUCACCAUCAGUAUGAGGAGAAGCCUUGUUUAAGCAAAACAGAGGAUCGGAAGGAGUAUAAUAUUGGAGUUCUACGACACUUGCAAGUUAUUUUUGGUCACUUGGCAGCUUCUAGGCUUCAAUAUUAUGUUCCGAGAGGUUUCUGGAAACAGUUUAGGUUGUGGGGUGAACCAGUCAACCUAAGGGAACAACAUGAUGCCCUGGAAUUCUUUAAUUCUUUAGUGGAUAGCUUAGAUGAAGCUUUAAAAGCCCUAGGUCACCCUGCAAUGCUGAGUAAAGUUCUUGGUGGAUCAUUUGCUGACCAGAAAAUAUGUCAGGGUUGUCCACACAGGUAUGAAUGUGAGGAGUCGUUUACAACACUGAAUGUAGAUAUAAGGAACCACCAAAACCUCUUGGACUCCAUGGAGCAGUAUGUUAAAGGAGACUUGUUAGAGGGUGCCAAUGCCUACCACUGUGAAAAAUGCAACAAGAAGGUGGACACAGUGAAACGCCUUCUUAUUAAAAAGUUACCUCCAGUUCUUGCCAUACAGUUGAAGCGGUUUGAUUAUGACUGGGAAAGGGAAUGUGCAAUCAAAUUCAAUGAUUAUUUUGAAUUUCCACGGGAAUUGGACAUGGAACCUUAUACUGUGGCUGGAGUUGCAAAGCUGGAGGGGGAUGAAGUAAAUCCUGAAAAUCAGAUCAUUCAGAAUGAGCCCUCUGAAAAUGAGCAGCCAAGGAGCACUAAAUACAGACUUGUUGGUGUUCUUGUACAUAGUGGACAGGCUAGUGGAGGACACUAUUAUUCGUACAUAAUUCAAAGAAAUGGUGGAGAUGGUGAAAAAAACCGGUGGUACAAGUUUGAUGAUGGAGAUGUGACAGAAUGCAAGAUGGAUGAUGAGGAAGAAAUGAAAAAUCAGUGCUUUGGUGGAGAAUACAUGGGAGAAGUUUUUGACCACAUGAUGAAACGCAUGUCUUACAGACGACAGAAAAGGUGGUGGAAUGCAUACAUACUUUUUUAUGAGCGCAUGGACACUCUAGAUAAAGACAAUGAACUUGUUAAGUACAUUGCUGAACUGACUAUAACAACAAAACCCCACCAGAUUAAGAUGCCAUCUGCCAUAGAGCGAAGUGUACGAAAGCAGAAUGUGCAGUUUAUGCAUAAUCGCAUGCAGUACAGCCUGGAAUAUUUCCAGUUCAUAAAGAAACUUCUGACCUGUAACAGUGUCUAUUUAAGCCCACCUCCAGGACAAGAUAAUCUUUUGCCUGAAGCAGAAGAAAUAGCUAUGAUUAGUAUUCAACUCGCUGCUAGAUUCCUGUUUAGUACAGGAUUUCAUACCAAGAAAAUUGUCCGUGGCCCUGCCAGUGAUUGGUAUGAUGCUUUGUGCAUCUUGCUUCGUCACAGUAAGAAUGUACGCUAUUGGUUUGCACACAAUGUCCUCUUUGCUUAUCAAAACCGCUUUUCUGAAUACCUUCUUGAAUGCCCUAGUGCUGAAGUAAGAGGAGCAUUUUCUAAACUUAUUGUAUUUAUUGCACAUUUUUCAUUACAAGAUGGCCCGUGUUCUUCACCAUUUGGCUCACCAGGGCCAUCUACUCAGGCCUGUGAUAAUUUGAGCCUAAGUGACCACUUGUUGAGAGCAGUUUUAAAUCUGCUACGAAGAGAGGUGUCAGAGCAUGGACGUCAUCUGCAGCAGUACUUUAAUCUUUUUGUCAUGUAUGCCAACCUAGGUGUGGCAGAAAAGACGCAGUUGCUAAAACUGAGUGUGCCUGCAACUUUCAUGCUUGUAGCUCUGGAUGAAGGUCCAGGACCUCCAAUUAAAUACCAAUAUGCUGAGCUAGGAAAAUUGUAUACAGUUGUAUCACAGCUUGUGCGCUGUUGCGAUGUAUCAUCGCGCAUGCAGUCAUCAAUAAAUGGUAAUCCUCCACUUCCAAAUCCUUAUGGGGAUCCUAACCUGUCUCAGCCUAUAAUGCCACUUCAGCAGCUUGUGGCAGAAAUUCUUUUUGUAAGAACUAGCUAUGUUAAAAAGAUUAUUGAAGACUGCAGCAAUUCCGAAGAAACCAUCAAACUUUUGAGGUUUAGUUGCUGGGAGAAUCCACAGUUUUCUUCUACUGUACUUAGUGAGCUCCUCUGGCAGGUGGCAUAUUCCUAUACAUAUGAACUUAGGCCUUAUCUGGACCUGCUUUUGCAGAUUUUAUUAAUCGAAGACUCCUGGCAAACCCAUAGGAUUCAUAAUGUGCUUAAAGGAAUUCCAGAUGACAGGGAUGGACUUUUUGACACCAUUCAGCGUUCCAAAAACCACUAUCAAAAGCGAGCUUACCAGUGUAUUAAGUGCAUGGUGGCACUGUUUAGCAAUUGUUCUGUCGCUUAUCAAAUUCUGCAGAGUAAUGGUGAUUUGAAGAGAAAAUGGACGUGGGCAGUUGAGUGGCUUGGUGAUGAACUUGAACGUAGGCCCUACACUGGAAAUCCACAGUACACCUAUAACAACUGGUCACCACCAGUACAGAGCAAUGAAACAUCAAAUGGGUAUUUCUUGGAAAGAUCGCACAGUGCCAGGAUGACCCUAGCAAAAGCUUGUGAGCUUUGUCCAGAGGAGGUUCUUUUUGGGAACUUCAGUUGUAACAUGUUAAGUGAUCUUCUUUGGAAAUCACAUGAACCUGAUGACCAGGAAGCACCUGAUGACCAUGAUUCUUCCCCACCAGAAGAUGCCUCUCUUUACCCACACUCCCCCAGCACUCAGUAUCAACAGAAUAAUCAUACUCACAGUCAGCCAUACACAGGUCCAGCAGCACAGCAUAUGAACAACCCUCCACGGACAGGCCAACGAGCACAAGAAAAUUGGGAAGGCAGUGAAGAAGUUGCCCCAUCUCAAACAAAAGAAUAAAACUCCUACCUGUUGUCUUCAUAUUUGUUCCAACAAGACACUUGAAUCAAGUGCAUGACCAGGCCUUACAGUUGUUCAACAGUCCUCCAGGAGGUUCUCCUUCAGAGUAAAACUUUUUUUUCUGUUAAUCCUGGAGUGGAGAGUCUAUUCACUGUCUGCCCUGCAGAAUAUUUCUGUCAAAUAUAACUCACCUGCAGUGGAAAGUGUAUAGUGUUGUAAUAAAAGCUGGCCUGAUGCUAUUAUGUAAAUGGCAAAGGUGUAUAUAGUAUGUUUAUGUUUGACUGUUAAAUUUCCUCAGCAAGACUGUCUUUUGCUGUCGGAGACUAACAGACUUCUUGAAAUAAGAAAACGAAACAACAAAAAAACGUUGCUUAUCACCUGAGGAAUGAGGAAUGUUUGCCUUGUGGCAGGGUUAGCCAGUUCAUUUUAAAUGGGGUGAGGGUGGGGGGAAGACUAGGAGGAGCCCAUCCAUGUCAACCACGUUAAUUAUAAUGCAUUCACUCGGCUGCCAGUCUUAAUUUUACUAUGGGCUAUUAAUUGACUGGUAUAACCUUAUAAUAAUUGGUUGAUGUGGAAAGUGGUGAUGUAACAUUGUUCUAGACUCUCAUUGCCUUUCUCAUUCUGGUAUUAGUUGAAUCAUUCUGAAGCUCUAGUAAAUAUGCUGUAACAUUUAGCAUGGCUUCACACCACGUUAGUGUAGCCUUCGAAAGAGAGGAGAUGAUAACACACGAGCAGCAGUGGUCCUCCGUUGACGGCUGCCCUGCUAUGAGCCUUUACUUGUUCACCAUGAUGGCUGUAAUUGGCAACAAAAUUUACAAAGAAGUGGCUUUUCAGUUGCACAUGUAUUCCUCAGAGUUAAUAUUUGACAGUCUGUCAGUGGGAUAAUAAACACAUAGUUUUCAGUAAUAGGAAUUUUAAAGACUUAAAUAUAUGCAACAAUUUGCUAUGCCAGGAUGGAGCAUAAUAGACUGUAUUUGGUGUGCUUGUUUUUGUUUCAUUGGUAGAGCUUAUUUUUAGAUAAACUUCUAACACUUCUACUGCAGUUCAGUGAAGGCUGAAGUCAGCAGACUUGUACAAAUUGUGAGGACCUCUUCAAGCGGGGCAACUUGCUUCAAUUUUCUUUCUAAUAUACAAUCCUACUUGAAAGCAGGCUUUGUCUUAGAACUCUUCAUCCAAACAAAAACAUUAUAAAGCAGGGUUGUAUUAUAUAAAGUAACUGCUGGUUAGUCAAAUUGCUAUUUCUAGAGGUGUCUCAGUUGCUAAGCAAGAAAAUUUCUUUGGGAUUUAAAGACAAACAUCAGUAAAUACUGUAUUUAAUUGGUAACUUGAAUGUGUGUAUUUUUUGGAAGUUGUCUAAAAUACCAAAUAUCCCUACAGAAGAAACAGCCCACCAUAUAAUAUUUAAAUAUUUUGCUGUUUUAUUUUAUAGAAAUUAUUUUGCUGAAUUUCACAAAAAUAGAAUUUGAUUUAAGAGGAACAUUUUUGUCCUUGUGUUAUUUUUAAAGAGGAAUUAAAUAUACAGACUCCUGCGUCCAGUUUUGCCAAAUUUUGUUUUGGCCAUGGUGUGACGUUGAAUUCUGGAAGUACAGUCACGAUGUGAACUUUCACUUUGUGAGGUUUUUUGUGCACAGAAAUAUUCUAAAAGCAUUGCGCCCCUUAGCAAGAAUAAAGAAAAUGGAAUAUUGACACUUUAACUGUCUUGAAUUUUAUUUGUUAUCUUGCUAAUGUGUGGUGCAACAGAAACUGGCUAAAUUGCAAAGGAAAGGAGGCCUUACAUCUAUAAACUGAAGAGGAUUAAUCAAUGGCAGAAGAAAUGUAUAAUUAACUCACUCCAGUGUGGUGUUUGAAGUUGAGAGCACACCAGAUGACCUGUGAAAAUGCUUUGCCGUCCUUGAGAUGUCAAUGCCUGAAGAAUACCCCACAUCACGGCGCUUACAGCUGGAGUGUUGCAUCAGAUUCGCAAGCAAGCCUUGUCAAGUGCAAAACUUAAGCUACAAACACCAGGUGUUUGCUUCGCUUUGAGUGAUCUCUCUGGAAGAAAUAAAAAACAAACCAAAAAAAACCCUGCUUCCCUCUUUCAAACUUCCAACACCAUUUAACUCAAAAACGUUUUUAUUUUAAAUUUUUUCCUCCAGGGAAUUUUUAAAUGUUAAAAAAAAAAAAAAAAAAAAAAAAACGUUGGAUGGAAAUUAUUUUGCAAUGUACUUCAAUCACUUGACUGCCUUCUCAUCCCCCAUCGGCAUUUGUGAAAGACGCAUGAGAAAUAAAACUCCCUGAAUGGCCUUAGAGCACUGUACAAGCCUAGCACACUGUUUUGUUUUUCUUUUUUUAAAUUCUAGAGUAUUUUACAUAUGAUGUGCAGUACGUGCUCCUUCCUCUGUCUUCCCGUUAUGGCAACACUGGAAAUGACAGUUUGUGAGUCCCUGAUGUACGGUCUGUUAUUUAGAAGGCUUGUUGACGUGUACAAGGUAUCCAGCUGGAAACAAUCAGGGAAUUUUAUUGCAGACUAAGGUGCAAAGCAGUCCAUUUAAUGUAAUAUUUUAAAUAACAUAUAUGUGGUCAUUUCCUUGUUGCAAAAUAAAUUUGAGCCUAAAACUGUAAAACUGAUAUUUUUGUUCAGUUUUUUUCUCAGUAUUUUUGUAUAAACCCAACUCCUUAACUUUUGUUAACUUCACCCACAGUUUGCAGAAUGCGAUAAAAAGGUAAUUAAAGAUUAUUAUUUUGAA